CGCAGUGUUCAAAUUUUGGUUCACAAAGACAAGGAGGUCGUUAAGACUAUUUCCUACCAGCACCUUUUAAAUUACAUUUAUAUUAGAGAGAUAAUGGAAAUGAUUAUAGACCACUAACUACUUUGUAUUUCAAAGAAACAGCUCUUAUGUUCAUAGAAGAUUUUUUUGAAGAUGAGGAGGAACCACCUUUGCUGUUCAUUUGUCUUUUUUCUCACAGUGCUGAGCUGGUCCAGUGUGCUGACUCUGCACUGUGGGAAGCAGGAGUACUUGAACAGAGAAGGUCGGUGUGCCUCUUGUCUUCAGUGUCCCCCGGGACAGGAGCCUGACAGGGAAUGUGGUUUUGGCAAUGGCCUGGGAGCAGUGUGUAUAGAUUGUGCGACAGGCACUUUUUCAGAAAGCCUCGACCUGGGUCCUUGCAGGCCGCACACCCGGUGUGAUAGUUUAAAACACUACUUCCUGAGUUCUGGGACAUCAAAAACAGAUGCAGUGUGUGGAGAGUGCUUAUCCGGGUUCUACACCACCAGCAAUGAGCCCUCUUUUGCCAGUGAAUGUCUUCCAUGCUCCUCUGCUCCCCAGGGCACUGCAGGCUGUGAAGGUUACCAAAGCCCGUUCCUGAGAGUGCUGAGAAGUGGGGGGAAGAACGCUCCCAAACUCGUGGGCAGCGGCAUUGCCAACACCUCCAACAUCAACGUGCCCGAGGAGAAGACCACAGAGUAUGCCGUCUUCGCUCUGGUGCCAGUCUUCUGUGUGAUGGGGCUCCUGGGCAUCCUGAUCUGCAACAUACUGAAGAAGAAGGGCUAUAGCUGCACGGCGGAGAAGGAAGGUGGCGACGCGGAGGCAGGAAUGGCUGAGAAAGAUGACCUAGGUAACCUUUGUCCCUACAAACUGGAUGAUACCUACGAGGAUACCAUCAGUGUGUUGGUGCGACUCAUCACUGAAAAAAAAGAAAACGCUGCUGCUUUAGAAGAACUACUGAAGGAAUAUGAGAGUAAACAGAUCUCUGUCAGUAAAAGAUCUCUCAAAUUUCCACCCCUACCCCAGCUCAAAGCGAUGCCCAACCUGUGCCGGCACCAGCACCACCUGCACACGGUGCACGGACUUGCACCCCCCAUGGGCACCUGCUGCACCCGCUGCAGCCAGAAAAAGUGGCCUGAGAUCCUGAUGCCCAUCGACACUACAAAGACCACCAAAGUGAGCACCAAGAAUCUCCGGCCGGGUGAAAUCGCCAUCCUCUCUGUGGGAAGGUUCCGGGUGGCCCAUAUUCCCGAGCUGAUGUCCACCCCGCUGGAGGAGCUGACCCCCCCUGAAUCGAGCGACACUGACUCCAUCGACACAACACAUACAGAGCCUGUCGAGGAGAAAUCCCUGCUGGGGGGGACCUCGUCCGUACGGACCAAGAACAAGUGGCUCAAACCAGGAGACAGCAAGCUAGAGGACAGAAAACUCAUGAUAAGGCUCGGAGAAGCUAGUCUUGUUUUUUGAAGGUGAACAACUGAAAGAAGAAAAUGUGAAAACUCUGAAGUGUUCAGCACACGUUUGUGUGCAAGGAAUGCAGAAGGCAAGAAACAGAGAGGAAAGACCCUGUUGAGGACAUUGCUGGACAUCAAAAGGGAGGAGUUUAUCCAGGGCCCAACAUGAAAGCGUUUUGUAAAGAUGUAUUUCAAUAGAAUAACAAAUAAUAGGACUCUAGUUUUAAAGCAGAGGCUUAUGAACAAAAUAUUUUAAUAAGAUUGUCCUUUUGGAUAUACAUUUUAUUCUAAAAGCUGAAUAAACUUGCAUGCAAGCCAGUCACGGUGCUUAAAAACAAAAGUUAUUUUUUUUUGGCACAUUUUUGUAAGAACAUAACAAAAAAAAAAUUGAAAUGAAAACAUUUUUUUAGAAACAAUUUUCCUGCCCUUUUUGAAUUUCACUGGAGUUUUUAAAACCUGAUCUCUAGCAUGAACAAGCUGAAGGGGUGUGGAUUUGGAUGAUUAAUAUUGUAUUGUGCAACCAUGUAAGAAAUGGUUUGUAUUAGUGAAGAAGUAUGACACGUACAUCAGUCAACUACAUUGUCAAAUCCAGCGCUUUUCAACCAGAAGUCCCUAUCCUUGUUAUUGGGGGUCUGGGAAGCAAGUUUAUUUCAUUAUUAAUUUAUAAUAGGUUAAAUAAUAAUUAAUUAGCUGAAACAACAAGAGUAAUAAGUUAUAAACGAUUUAAGCGUAAAUGUGGGGAUCAUGCAGCGUUGUUUCAGGAAGAGACCAUGGUUAAAGGUGAAAGGGAAGCACUGUUGAUGGGGGAAACAGCAUUCUUGCCAUGCAGUUAGGAUUAGGCAGCAAACCAAGAGGAAGCUUGCAAAAAAUUCAAACUUCCAGUUUGACCAUGGAUAGAUUUUUUGAUCAAGCAAAAAAAGCGAAUCUGCUCAACAUUAAAGCUCCACUUGUGGACGAGUACUUGAAAUGACUUCUUCAUCAGGUGUGUUUUUAUUUGAUACACAGUAGUUACCAAUAAUUGACUUUUUUAAUGUUCUGAAUUGCAUUCCAAGAAAGCAACUGAGAGCAUGCAAGAGUACUUUUGUAGGUCAGAUGUUAACCCCUUUGAGUGGGGGUGGGAGGGCUUGUUUUAGUGACUUUGUGUCAAGGGGUCCACAAGUAUAUAAAAAGGUUGAAAACCCACUGGUCUAAUCAAUGAGUAAAGCAAAGUGGAACCAGCUUUUUUAAACAAGAAAGAAUUGUCAGAUAAAAUAUAAGGGAUAACUUUUUUCCACCAGCUUCAGUGCUCUAUUAUACACUACAGUGUCAGUUUCUGUGUCUACAUUUGUGUGCAGCGAUAUGAUAAAAACUAAAACAGUUUUCAUAGAUUAAAAUAAAGGCACAUGUGUAAACCACUUUUUCUUUUAAGCCAGAAUCUGAAACUCCAGUUAAAAAACAAACUGCACCUAUUCUCACAGCCAUAUUUGAAUGGCAUAGAAAUCAAUCUAUAUCUAUCUGUCUUUUAAAGGAUGAGAUGGAGUAAGGUGACAAACCUACCUCCCAUUUUAGAUAGAUCAGAUUCUUAUUCAGACACUUAUUUGUGGUUCUUUAAAAUACCUAAACUGGGUUUCCUCAAAAAAAUAUUCCCUUUUAACAGGACCUGGAAGGUUCUAAGGCAACCGUUUGUUAUGUUUUUGCUUAAGAGGUUAGAAGCAAAACAACAAUAAAAGCCCAAGUAUUAACGUCUCGUCGCAGUGCACACAUGUAUACCUAACGUUGUUGUCCGCAUGUUCAACGAACUAAGCUGCAGGCUUCCUUUUAUAAAAGCAACACACCUGUUUCCUGGCAUCGUGGAUACUGACCUUAAAGGCUGGGUUGUCAGAAAUACAAACAGCAUUAAAGUGACGUUUAAGAAGCCAUUACCUCACGUUGGCUGCAGAUCCCAACCGUAAGCAUGUGAAGUCAACACCGUUUAUUUCCUUUUGAGGUGAACCCUACGCCGGUGUUUUUUUUUUUCAAGGGGACAGACAAGUUGAGGAUAAUACCACUUUUGUGUGGGAUAGAUAUGAUAAAACUGUUUACAACAACAUUUUGUGUAGAGUUUACAAAGCUUUUUGUUUGUCAGAUUUUUUUGAAGUUUGUGUUGCAAUGUUUUUGAAGUCGCAUUGCUUUUCUGUUUUACUCUUGUAAUUUAUUGCUUGCUCAUUUUUGGUGGUACUUUUGCUAUCUGAACUGAAUGCAUUGCUAACCCGAAAUGCUCCUGGUUAAAACCCCAUCUCUCCAACCUUGUAGGCUUAAUUUAUUUUACUGUUUUUUCCUUUGCUGGAGAUUUUGUAUUCUUUAAGUAAAGACACCGAUUACAAACCUGA